AUGAGCGCAAACACCCACAUCGUCGUGCUUGGAGCUGGAGUUCUUGGACUCACCAACGCUUUCGAGCUCCGCGAACGAGGCUACAAGGUCACCAUCCUCGCACGAGACUUGCCACAGGACUCCUUCUCACAAACUUUUGCAAGUCCAUGGGCCGGCGCCAACUGGUGUUCCUUCGCCACUCUUCAAGACAAGCCCAGCCAACGUCGAGACGCAAUCACCUUCCAGAAAUGGCUUCAGCUUCACAAGCAACUCCCACCCGAAAUCAUGGCUAUGGUCGACUUCACCGAUAUCACUCCCUACAAGCGAGAAGCACAAGACGUAUGGUACAGCAAACUUGUCCCUGACUUUGCAGUCCUACCGAAUCGUGACGGUCAAGGCUGGCACGCGAUCAAGUACAAGUCCUUCACCAUUAGUGUUCCUCUUUACACAAAGUUACUUGUCUCCGAGCUAACCUCUCCGAAACCUAGUUUGAUGGACGCAACACGAGCUGGACCGUCAGUAGAGAUCCGACGAUGCUCGACCUUAUCCUCUUUGUCGGCGGUACGGGCGUUGAUUCCUAGCUGCGACCUUAUUGUUAACGCUACUGGAGUUGGUGCUGGUGAUCUAGCCGAAGUCAAAGAUCCGAAAGUGUACCCCAUCCGUGGUCAGACAGUGCUUGUCUCAGUGCCUUGCUUCCGAGCUCCAUCUCAAGGUGCUAGGUGUGUGAUGAAGCUCGGCAGUCCAGCACACUACGUUAUUCCGCGUGCUCGAUCAGGUCAAGUCAUCCUCGGUGGCUCAUUCGAUAUUCGUCAGUCCAGUACAACACCAGACAAAGUGCUAGCAGAGAAGAUCCUGCAGGAGUGCGCAAAGUUGGUACCAGAAAUCGUACCCGAGGGUAAGACGUGGAAGGAGAUCGACGUUAUUUCUCACAAUGUUGGGUUGAGGCCGGCGAGAGAGAAUGGAGUGAGGGUGGAGUUGGAGACAUUAGCAAGUGGAGCAGCAAGCAGAGGCUUGACUGUAGUUCACUCAUAUGGCAUUGGUCCGGCUGGAUAUCAAGCUUCGUUUGGCAUUGCGAACGAGGUCGCAGACCUCGUGGACGGUCAUGUCGCCACAUCCGGAGGCAAGGCUCAGGCGAAAUUGUAG